GUGUUUGCGGAAACUGACAAAUCGCGACCUGGGCCUGCAAUCCGUCGCGAAUCGGCACGUGCUUACCGUGUCUUCAUCAAGGAGGAGGAUCUUGCGGCCAAGUUCAGUCGCAAUCAACCGGACAGGGAUACGAGUGUGGCUGCGGCCUGGGGCCUACCCGCCACCUCGAUUGGUGGGAAGGAAGUGAGAAAUGUGUCCCUGAGUUACUGGUGUCUCAGUCCUGGCCGUGCCAUCUACGAACUUCUCGCGCAGAACAUCCGCAACAUAAUCCUCACCAGCGGUACACUCUAUCCAGUGCGGUCCCUACAACUUGAACUGGGCCUCGAAGGUGCCAUCGUCCUGCAGAAUCCGCAUGUAAUCGCUCGGGAACAGGUGCACGUUGCAGUCAUUCCCAAGGCCCCCGACGGCGGCGCUCUCAAUUCUGGCUAUGCCUUCAGGGACAGCGUUGCCUACCAGCGAUCCCUGGGUCUGAUGCUUGCCAAUCUCUUUCGAAUCAUCCCUCGUGGCAUUCUAGUCUUCUUCCCAUCCUAUGCUCUAAUGCGCAAAUGUUUGGACUACUGGCAGGUAUGUUGCUGUCCUGACUUUCACUUUCUCUUACAGUAG